AUGAAUAAGAGUUUCGGCUCUCUCGUUGUUGGCGCGGGAGGUUUUGAGAACCUCCCGUUUUUGGAAAAGGAUUGCCGUAACUACAUCGAUAAGGCACGACAUCUACGAUUGGGCGCAGGUGGUGCUGGAGCGCUUCAAGACUACUUUUUACGGAUGCAGUUUAAAAAUCCGGGGUUCUUUGCACUAAUGGACUUGGAUGAUGAAGGGAGGUUAAAAAAUGUAUUAUGGGCAGAUCCCCGUAGUAGAGCAGCCUACCAAUAUUUCGGAUAUGUCGUAACCUUUGAUACCACAUACUUGACCAACCGAUAUGGGAUACCAUUUGCGCCAUUUGUUGGUGUAAAUCACCAUGGGCAAUCAAUUUUGUUGAGAGCUAGCUUGAUUUCCUUUGAGGACACUGAGACAUUCGUUUGGUUAUUCCAAACAUGGUUGCAGUGUAUGGAUGGUAUAGCGCCGAAGGCUAUUAUCACUGACCAAGACAGAGCCAUGAAAAAUGCAAUUGCAAUAGUUUUCCCAGAAAGCCGACAUAGAUUUUGCCUGUGGCAUAUCUUGAAGAAAGUCCCUGAAAAACUUGGCUGUUAUAGUUCUUACAAAACUGGAAUGAAAACUGCAUUGAUGAAAUGUGUAUAUGAUACCCAAACGCCGGAUGAGUUUGAGAAAUAUUGGGAUCAGUUGAUUAGCACGUACAGCUUGCAUGACAAUACAAACUUGAAAGAGUUUGUCGAUCAGUAUGAUAAUGGCUUGAAAAAAAAGAUUGAGAACGAAAAUGAUGCAGACUUCCAAUCAUUUAAUGUCACAAUUCCCUGCAUCUCUAGAUCUCCGAUUGAAAAGAGAUAUCAAGAUUUGUACACAAAUGCUAAAUUCAGGGAAGUCCAACAACAACUUACUGGCAUUAUUGACUUGGACCCAGUUUUACUUAAAACGGAAGCUACAAUGAAGACCUAUCGGGUAGAGGAUGAAGUUCGUGUCGAAGAUUUCACUAAGCUAGUUACCCAUUCAGUGGAUUUUAGUGAGGACGAUGCAGUCGCCAAGUGUACUUGUGGUUUAUUUGAAAUGAGGGGGAUAGUCUGUCGGCACAUCUUUGCCGUCUUCAAAUGUAACGGGAUUAAGACAAUACAAGAUAAGUACAUUUUGGAUCGAUGGAGGAAGGACAUCAAAAGAAGAUACACGUUAAUCCACAGCAGCUAUGACACAGGGGAUCAACGGGAAGAUGCUAACAGAUAUUCAAGUCUAUUGAAUAUCUGUUAUAAGAUGAUUACUUGUGCAGCGAGUUCGGAAAAGCAUAUUGAGGAUGCAACGACUAAGUUAAUUGCAAUGAUUGUGCUGUAUGAAGCGAACCAACGACCUCCAUUGAUGACUGAGAAGUGUUUAAAUGUUGAUGGCACAAAUGCUAAGGACACAACUACAAUAGGUAGUUCAACAAAAGUACUCAGUCCACGUGUUGUGCGAGGAAAAAGCAGACCCCCAUCUCUGAGGAGAGCAUCCAAGAUGGAGAGAGAGCUGCGGAAGGUUAAGGAGAAGACGAAGAAACAACAAGGAAAGGAAAAACGCAAAGAGCGAGAUGGGGAAGAUACACCAGUCGUUGACACUUGCAGGAGGCUAUUUGGCCCUUCUGGUGUAAACGUCUCCAAUGUUGGCCACGUGCAGGCUAUCCCAGAAAGCGCUAUGUUUGGCACCAUACCAGUCGUUGAUGUUAGUGGAACCCAACCCCAAGAAACUGUAUUUCAAAGUCAAGAAAGCUUGGUAAAGAAAAUAGUAGUACUUUCCAUCUGGAAUACUGCAUUUGCUAACGGAUAUGAAGCUUGA